AUGUCUUCCCCUCCGUCUGUCUCGCCUAUCACGUCCUUUUUGCGGUGGCUGCGCUUGAAGAACUACCAGUACGAGGUCACGUUUGCCCUGUACAUGCUCACGCCAACCGAGAAAUUCAUUUUUAACUCGCUAGUUAUCACUUUUGUCUCCCUGUUCCUCAUGGCCGCCUGCGUUUACCUUCCGGAUCACGUCGCUUCGAUUUAUGGCCAUGUCCACUACUACUUCACCGCCGAUGUCUCCAUGAUCAAGGACUAUAUUCCGUCCGCAAGCUCCAUCUUGCAGGGUGCCAGCGGCCCGGCGACGGGUGCUUUUAAUGUUGUGGCUGCAUCGACCGCGUCGCUCGAAGAGUUGUGA